GAGUGCGCAUGCGUAGUUUUAAACCGUCAACGGUUGGCUGUGGUGGGAGCUCCCCGCUGUCAGCUGGUUGUUUGCUGCACUGACCUUCGACUUUAUGACGGCGGACCGCAUGUUUCUCCAGACAAAUAUCGACAGACCGGGACUGUGUGUGGCGGCUAGUGCGCAUGCGCCAAGUGGAGGCUGCGUCAUUUACGUGGAGUUAUGAUUUGAAGAGGCCACAUGCACAGCUUCCAGUGCGCGUUCACGUUUGCCUAAUUGCCCACUACUGUGUAAUUAAUCCUGAGUGAAGCUGACUGACUGUCUUCAUGAGGCUGCAGCAGCUUGGAGCAAAGCCAGGAGCGGCACGUGUUUGCAGCUUUUGGCUCACUUAAAUCUGGUGCUUCUGACCUCCCUGCACCUCUCCGUCAGCAGUCAUGACCAGCCUGGAGCCCAAAGCAGAGAGCCGGAGUGAUGAAGCCGAGGGCCCUGAUGGAGGCUGGGGCUGGGUGCUGGUCGGGGCCCUGUUUGUCAGCACCAGCCUUGUGUUCGGCCUGAUGCGUAGCUUGGGGAUCUUUUUUGUGGAGUUUGUCCAGUACUUCGAGGAGAGCGCUCAGGCCAUCUCCUGGAUCUCUUCAACAGGCCUGGCGGCACAGCAGUUCUUCAGUCCUCUGGGUGCCGCUCUGUGUAAUGCAUAUGAUGCCCGAGUGGUGGUGAUGACGGGCGGCUGUCUCGCUGGGCUCGGCCUCGUACUCGCCUCGCAGGCCACCUGUCUCGUUCACCUCUACCUCACUAUGGGUGUAAUUUCAGGUUUGGGUUGGGGGCUGGUCUUCACUCCCAUGGUGGCCACAGUCAUGGCUAACUUCAAACGGCGGCGGACCCUGGCUUUAGGACUGGCGUUCUCCAGCAUAGGCCUCUCCUCCUUCGCUUUCAACCCGCUCUUCCAGCUGCUGGUGGAGGUGUACGCCUGGCGAGGGGCCCUGCUGAUUCUGGGGGGCCUGAGCCUCAACAUUGUGCCCUGCGGGGCUCUCAUCCGUCCAAAGCGACGCUCCAAAGCCCCAGCAAAGGUGGAUUCAGAGAGCAAGUUGUCAUGUGCUGCGGCGCUGCACCGAGUCUCCUCAUACCUGGAGCUGUCGCUGCUCUGCGAGAGGCCUUACGUCACCUACACCAUGGCCAUCACUCUUCUUAACGUUGGCUACUUCGUGCCAUAUUUCCACCUGGUGGCCCACAGCCGCCAAGCCGGCUUCUCAGAGUACCAGGCUGCUUUUGUCAUGUCAGCUGCCGGCGCUACGGACAUUUUUGGCCGCAUAGUGUCGGGCUGGUUCUCAGACCUGGGUCACUUUCGGCUGAUCCAUUUGCUGAGCUUGUGGACGACGCUGGCAGGGGUGUUUAUCAUGCUCCUGCCUGUGAGCUCCUUGUACGGUUCCUACUACGCCCUGGUGGUGAUCAGCCUCCUCUACGGCUUCUGCUCUGGAGCGUUGACCUCCGUGGUCUUUGCGGCGGUGCCGUUGGUUGUGGGUGUCGAGCGCAUGAUGGGAGCCCUCGGGCUGCUGCAGCUCAUUGAGAGCGGUGCAGGACUGCUGGGGACACCUCUGUCAGGGUUGCUCAAAGACAUCACAGGCAACUACAUCGCCUCCUUCAUAGUAGCGGGGUCUUUCCUCAUCCUCGGCACCUUGACCAUGGCCACUCUGCCUCACUACUUCUCCUGCACGGAUCCGCCGCCUCCGCAAAGACGUUCCCUUGACAACAAAAAUAAGGCUCUACAUUCAGAGAUGGAGCAGAUGAACAGUUUGCCUUCUGACACGAAUCAUAGAGGAGCCGAAUGGUCUGAAAGGUGAAAUAAUUUGGAUCAAUAAGCUGCAAGACUGUGUAAGUUAAGAGUUAAGAACCUUGUUGGUACUCUUCAGUUCAGACCUGAAGACGCCAGCAGUAAGUUUGCUGUCACAUUAAGUCGCUGAAAGGCUACAUGUUUGCAUCAUACCUCCGUCCCAGAAGUAAAGACCGAAGCUUACUGUGAAAACUCGGUUACAGAUUGUAACCUCAGUUUAAUAUUUAGGCCAGCGCCGCCUGCCUUAAAGAAGACUCUGGACAUUUAAACGUGUUAUUUACAACGUGCAGAUCUGUGGUUGCUUUACACGCACAGUGAGAUGACAUACAAGAUAGGAAAAGAGAUGUUUUACUUCUGUUGUAUUAUUACACAAACUAUUAAGUUUGCACAUAUUUGACUCAAGAGCCAAGAAGCAAAAAAAGAGUUUUAUAAUCUUUGAAUGUAAAAUGUGAAUCUGACUCUUAGUAGUAUAUUUUAAAUGUUACCUACAUAAUUAAUCUUUAACUAUCCUCUUUAUAUAUAAAUUCAAUUAAUGAAGCACUAAUGACAUUUAACUAUGGAUGAAUUAAGUCGUCCAAAUGAUUCUUGGUCUUAACACAACUGUGUGAUUUGUGUGGCUGCAGAUUUAUGGAUUCAAGAGAGAGAAUUUCUUAAUAAUUAGCAGCACCGCUCUGCUCGCUGUUAACACUGAUUCAUUAUGAGCACGGCAGCAGCUCUAAAAAAAAACAAAAAAAACAAGAGCUGCUCACACCGACACUGUUCUCCCUCUCAGACUCAGGAAUUUCUCCUCCAAACAGGAAUAAGAGACUGUUGUUUCUCAAGUGCAUUUUUCUGAUGGCACAAUAAUGAUGUGUGCCAAAACACUUUGUACUUUUGUAAACCAUAAACCAAGACUGCCUUUGUAAACAGAUAUUUGGCUUUUUAGAACAGCUGAAUGAACAACAGGUUUGCAGGGUUACUGUGACCUGUUGGUUACUGGUCCACUAAUUUCUCUGUGGGCGUCCUGGCAAAGCAAAAGGCUCUUGAUUGAAUAUUUUACUUCAUCCUGCUGGCAGCUACUGAAGAGUAAGAGCUUCAGUAAUUGUUGACAUUCGUCUUAACCAGCUACGUGUUUCCUGGGAGAGUCAAAGCUGUGACCUUCUAGUCUUAAACCUACCACUCUCAAACUUAAAAUGUGAUAUUUUGCACUUUAUCUACAAUAAAAGAGAAGUGUAUUUUGUUU